AUGAUUACCUCUGAACCAGUAGUAGCAGCCUCAUUAACAGCUCAAAUGGACUCUGAUCGAAGGUUACGUUACGGUGAUAUUGGAAAAGAGCCAAUGAGUCAUUUGGAGCCCAUAGGAGGUUAUGGGAAUUUACCGUUAAUGUCACUGGAAGUGGCUGUUGAAUACCUAAAACCUAUGAUUGCCACAAUACCAAGAGAUGUUUGGAUAGCGAAACAAAACUGUCAACAUCUUCACGAUCAUUUAACCCAAGAUGAAUCUGCUGCCAUUCACUUAUAUACAAUGGGAAGUGUUUUUCAACACCUUAACGAUGUGUUACGUUCGAAAAACAGAGCAAAAGUACUAGUCCCUUGGCUGCCUUAUUUAAAAUUACUUCUAACGGCAUUAUGCAAACUACCAGCAGUCAAAAAGAUAGCUUGGCGUGGGACCAGCUUGGAUUUAAGUACAAAGUAUAAACCAGGUGAUCGAUGUGUAUGGUGGGGUUUCAGUAGCUGUACGGAAACAAUUGCAGUAGCCGACUUUUACCUUGGUGAAUCUGGUUUUCGAACAUUGUUCUGUAUCGAAUGUGAAAAUGGUAGACUAAUAACGCCACACUCACAGUUUGAACAUGAAAAUGAGAUUUUGUUACUACCGGGCUUUUAUUUUCAAGUGGUAGAUAAGACAGAUCGUGAUGAUUUCCCUAUUAUUCACCUCAAAGAGAUCCAACCGCCUCAUCCACUUUUGGAAUCACCGUUUUCGCCGAUGGAAUCAGCAGAUGACCAAACAAGCAGCACUCUGAAUAUUGAUGGAUAUAUCUCGAUGAAGCAAAACGACCCCACAAACGAAACUGAUGGUGAGCAGUGUCCUAUCUUUUAUGUAGUUAGUUAUUAG